AUGGACUUUCCAAGUAUCAACACUUUGUGGUGCGGCGCCAUGGCUCUUCUUUUCAUCAUUAUUGUAUUAUCUACCAAGAGAUCAAUGAUUCAUCGAGGGAAUCCAAGUCAACUUCCGCCUCUAGUAAAUGGAAUUGCUUUCCUGGCACUGUUACCAAACCUUUUGAAGAAAGGUCUGCAUGAUGUGGUCAAUGAUCUAUAUGUCAAGCAUGGCAGUGUAUUCAUGGCAGGUUUAUUUGGCCCAAAUGUUACUUUCCUGAUCGGGCCAGAGGUCACGGCUCAUUUCUUUCAAGGUUUGGAGUCAGAGAUUAGCCAUGGGAAAAUGUUUGUGUUCGCGGUGCACAUGUUUGGUAAUGCAGUUGGUCUUGGCCGAGACAUCGCUACUCAAAAUGAACAAAGGCGCUUCAACAGUGAAGCACUGAAAAUGUCCAGAAUGAGGAGCCACGUUUCUCCCAUGUUAGAUGAAGUGGAGAGCUACUUUGAUAAAUGGGGAAAGGAGGGCACAGUUGAUCUAAAAUGCGAGUUCGAGCAGUUACUCAUGCUGAUCGCAAGCCGGUGUUUACUCGGAAAGGAAGUUCGGGAAAAUAUGUUUGGUGAGGUCCAAACAUUGUUCCAUGAACUCGGAAGUGGUAUGAACAUUACUAGUUUAUUAUUUCCACAACUCCCAAUUCCAUCAAACCGCCGCCGUGACAGAGCACGCAUCAGGCUAACAAAGAUACUAUCUGAUGUGAUUGAGUCCCGUAAGAUCUCGGGCAGAGUUGAGGAGGACACACUUCAGAAACUGAUUGACUCCAAGUAUAAAGAUGGCAGCUCUACAACAGUGGAAGAGGUAGCGGGAAUGGCCAUGGCUAUGCUAUUUGUUGGAAAACAUAGCAGCUCCAUCACUAGUACUUGGACUGGAGCUCGUCUACUCAGCCAUCCAACCUUCUUAAAGGCCGCCAUUGAGGAGCAAAUACAAAUUGCAAAGAAAUACAAGGAUGGGCUAGACAACAAUGCCUUCAUGGAAAUGGAAACACUUCAUAACUGCAUCAAAGAGGUGCUAAGGAUGCACCCUCCGAUGGGAGUUCUUGUCCGCAAGGCACAUAAGAAGUUCACGGUGCAGACGAAAGAAGGCAAAACGUAUGAAAUACCGCAAGGACAAAUCGUAGCAACUCCGACCGUUGUGAGCAAUCAUAUUCCUUAUAUCUAUAAGGAUCCUCAGGUGUAUGACCCAGACCGGUUUGGGCCAGAAAGACAAGAAGACAAAGUAGGUGGCAAGUUCUCUUAUACUUCAUUUAGUGGUGGUCGGCAUGUUUGCACCGGUGAGGCCUUUGCUUACCUACAGAUUAAAGUGAUAUGGAGCCAUUUGCUGAGGAACUUUGAGUUCGAAUUGAUCUCUCCCUUCCCCAAGACAGAUUGGUCAAAGUUCCUAGCAGAGCCAAAAGGAAAUCUGUUUGUAAGGUAUAAGAGAACCGGCUUUCCACAAUAG